AUGUCUUCAACUCUCAGUGGAGAAGGAGAAUCCACUGGUUCUGGAGCAGUUGGAAAGGCUGUCGAGGAACUGGGCACCUUUUGUCCCCGCACCGAUCUUCAUAUUGUAGAUAUGGAAUGUUACAACACCUUUGGCAAUAUCUGGGGGUUGUACCUGGGCCGACAAGCAUAUCUACUACUCACGGACACCGAGAUAAUCCGCAAGGUGUUUGUUGAAGAUCAUUGCAAAAUCUUUGCCAACACUAAAACUCACCGAUCUCCGUACCCAUUCAGUGAGAGUUUCUUUCAACCAGAUGAUGAUGACUGGAGGAGAAUUCACCACAUCCUGGAACCAGCCUUCAGUUCCACUCAGUUGAGGCAGAUGCUCCCACCCAUGGUCACAAAGGCUGAUGAUCUUGUGCAACACUUUGGAAUUUGCUUUAGGGAUGGAAAGCCUGUCAUUGUGAGAGAAUUAUUUGCCCAGUACGCUCGGUACGUCCUGACGAUGUCACUCUUCAAUUUGGAUAUUUGCAGGAAUGACAGAAGCCACACCUUCAUCUAUUACUGGGAUCUCCUGCUGCAGGCCCACUGCAGAUAUUCCACCAUCUCUGUGACAUUGAUGUUUCCGGUCUUAAUGCCUCUCCUUCGGAAGAUUAAGUUCCAUUUAUUUUGGAAGGAAGCCAUUGGUUACUUCACAAGUUUGGUCCGUCAAGCCCGAGCGAGGAGGGAAGAUUUCAAGGAAGCACAAAAAUGUGGCAGUUUUCUUCAGUACCUGUUAGACCAUGAGGAAACCAAGAUGGACAAAGGAAAGAAAUCACGACCGACCUCUGCGACGUUGACUGAAGAAGAAGUUGUGGCCCAGACCUUAGGCUUUCUCCUCCGUGCCUACCAGGCGACAACCCACACACUGGAGUUUGCAGCGUAUUUGUUGGCCAAGCACCCCAGCAUCCAACACCAACUUCAGCAGGAGAUCCGCACGGCCAUCAAACAACAGGGUGUCACUUACGAAAGCAUCGCAGGAAUGGAAUACCUCGACAUGGUCGUCAUGGAAACACUGCGGUUGUUCCCUCCUCUGGUUUGGCUGCAGAGAACCUGUCCAAAGCCAGUGGAGGUAUGCGAUCUGAGAAUUUCCAGAGGAAUCCAGGUCACAGUACCUGUCUGGGUGAUGCAUCACAGCAGGGAAUUUUGGAACCAUCCAUGCAGAUUUGACCCACUGAGGUUCACAAGAGAAGAGCGAGAUCUUCGUGACCCCCUGUGCUACUUACCCUUUGGCCUUGGCCCAUUCAGGGGCAUCGGGAGUGAGUUCAGCAUCAUGAUGAUGAAAGUGGCCUUAGCUUCAAUUCUCGAGCGUUAUCGAUUUACCUGGUGUUCACAAACCCUGAUGUACCUUGACAUUGAGACACUGGGUGUGACCAGGUCAAAAAUACCCAUCACCCUGCAGAUAGACCUGUUGUAGUUCAAAGGAAAAGAAUCAUGUUGAGAUGUUUGUCGGCAUUAAUAUUCGAGUGAUGCUCAUGUUGGAGACCUUGAGAGGACGUUUCAGAGAAAUUGUCACUCAAAGAAUUUCUCCAGUGAUGUGAGAUGGCAGUGAUUAUAUAUCUGCCCAUUUACAAGACUGACUGAGAGGUGUUAUACAGGAAGAAACUUAAAGCCUUUCCCAAGUGCAUGUUUCACUGUUUAGAACUAAAGUGUAGCAGCCCACAUCCCACCCCCAUUCUCCCUGUGUAUCUGUUGUAUAUUUCUGACUAGAAUCUUCUAUAUGACACUCACUCAAAUCA